AUGUUAAUGGAUUCAUUAGGUGAAGGUAAACAUUCAAAAGGUGUAACUUCGGAAUAUUUAGAUACUUUAGAAAGAAUUCCAAUUAAACAAAUUGAUAAUGAUUCAUGUUGUCCUAUUUGUACAAAUCGUUUUAAAGAUGAUAAAUAUCCUUUAGUUGUUAGAUUACCUUGUGGUCACGGUGUCAAUCAUAUUUUUGAUUUGGAAUGUGUUGGACCUUGGUUGCAAAUGAAUUCAACUUGUCCAAUGUGUAGAACAAAUGUAUUGGAAGUUGAAGCAAAUAGAAGGAAAAAGAUAGAUGAAGAGAUUAGAAAAGCCAAAGAAGAAGAUUCCGAAGAAGAAGAAGAGGACUGGGAUUUAUAUGGAUGA